AUGCUCCGUGUGCUGCGCCAGCGUCUCCUCUCCGCGCGUGCCGUACCGACCCGUGCAGCACUGCGCGCUUUCCACGCAUCGGCGUCGUCGCUCCACGUGGACGUGACGAAGUUCUCGUCGCACCCGACCGUCCACAUCAAGUUCAAGCAGCGAGACGGCUCUCUUCGAGACGUGGAGGCAAAGGCGGGCAUGUCGUUGCUGGAAGUGGCCCACGCGAACGAUAUUGACCUCGAGGGCGCGUGCGAGGCGUCUAUGGCGUGUUCCACGUGCCACGUGAUCCUGGAGGAACCUGUGUACGAACGACUGGACGAGGCCUGCGAGGACGAGGAGGAUAUGCUGGACAUGGCUUUCGGACUCACGGACACCUCCCGGUUAGGCUGCCAGGUGCUGGUGGACGAGGAAUUCGACGGGACAACGGUGACGCUGCCCCGCGCCACUCGCAACUUCUACGUCGAUGGCCAUGUCCCCAAGCCGCACUAG